AUGGGCCACCGGGCAAACACCGACAUGCCGCUGCUGCAGCUCGAGCUGGAGCGACAGCUAUCCGAAUGCAUCAUCGCCGAGUUCACCCAGCUCCUGCAUACAGAAGAGGACCUGCUCGCGGCAUGGCAAGAGCGCAUUGGCAGCAGUGGUUUCGUUCACAUCGACAAGCAUGAGCACUCGACGGGGGGGAGAGAGGAGAACGACUGGCUGAAGGAUCGAGCCAUACAAUGCCGCAAAGCCCGACAGACAUUGCUGGCCACAUACGUACACAGGCUGUCCGACGAAGUCGGAUUGCUCAACCGCGCAAGCGACCUACAGCAGAGAUGGAAGCUGACCGAGGACAGCGCGGCGAGCGCCAUGGACAUGGGUACACCAGCGGCUUCCUUCACUUGGAGUGAUCAGCUCUCAAAAUGGAGUAUCAAAGCCUUCACCGUCUUCCUUCUGCUUAUUGCUGGUGUUGCCAUCUUCGAGCAAUAUGGCUUCUUCCGCGUUCCGCAACCCAUGACCUCGGCAACAGCAAUCUUCGACCUCGACGCGGUACCCGUCAACAACAUCAGCAUGCGCCUAUCCACUGCACUUUCAAGUCUCGAGAACCGUAUCCGCAGCAGCUUCUCCUCCGUUCAAGGCUUCCCCGAGAUCUUGCAGGCUUUCGAAUGCGCACAGUUGCAUGUUCAGCGGGUGGAGGACAUCUGGGUAAAGACGGAUAUCUUCGAAGAGCCAGUGGAGAUGGCACUCCGGACAUCCAAGAGCUUGGAGGAGAUGGCCGCAGGAGCAUCGAGUUCGCUUCUCAACGCUGCACUCGACACGGCGGCGUAUCACGGCGUGCUGCCCCCGGGGUGGAGUGCACAGCGCCCAGCGGUACGCAUGGAAGCCGAGCUGCGGCAAUACCAGACGGAAAUGGCGGGCUGGAAGCAGCGUGCAGCGGACACGAUCCGGCAAGGCGCAUGGCACCUGGCUCAAGCACAGCGAGAAGUAUCGCAGGCGCAGAACGUGUGGCUGCCCAUGGCCGCGGCCGACGCCGAGUCGAGCCGGAGUAUGAGAGUGCGCCGGGCGGAGGAGCAGACUCUGAUCGUGCUUGGGACGCUGGAGCAGGAAAAGAACGCUUUGGUGGAGGAGGAGUUGGGGAUGGUGCUGUCGGUGAUGGUGAGAGAUGACCGAGACGGCCGCGUGAGGGCGGAAUUGCUCAGUCAGAACGCCGCAGGCCUCCAGCUUUGGGCGGGCCGACUGCGGCAAGCUGCGCAGUGUCGCGCCGACCCGGAGUGCCGCUGGAUUUGA